AUGGCGCUGACGUCAACUGGAGCAGCAGCAUGGCUGAGGUGUUUCAGUCAUGGCGAUCCAUUAGUCGACUCAUGCGCCGGUCCAAUUGCUGCCCAUUUCCAUCUUCCAUUCAAUUCACUCUUUUUUCGCUUCAAUUCGUACAUACCCCAGCGGCCAAGCAUGACCGGCAACGACCAAGACGUCUUUCGCAAAGUCGGUCGCGGCGGCGCAGGCAACUUUUACUCUGUAAAGGAUGACCAAGCUGUUGCUGCGGCUGCCACUGUAGACAGGGAUCUCGAGCGUCAAGACCCCGUCGUCACGACCGUCCCAGAUCCCGCCACGCCAGGGCAGUCGAUUCGCGCAGGCCGCGGCGGAGCAGGCAACUACAUUGACCCAUCGCAACUCCCGGACGCAGACGACAAGAGCCGCAUAUCAAAGGAGGUCACGGCGGCAGUGACGUCGAGUCUGAAGAAGCACCCGUACCCGGCCAUGGGCGGACGUGGUGGCGCAGGGAAUUGGACGGGAGAGGAGCACGAGAGGACGCAUGAAGAGGAGGGCGGGAAUGCGGCCCAGGAGCUGGAGAGAAAGGUCAAGGAGGCGGUUGAGAAGGGAUUGAAGAUUCCAGACAAGGUUCAUCAUGGAAGGGAGAAGGAGGUGAGAUGA